AUGAACACCCCUACUCGUGUUCACCGCUCAAUAGAAAUCAGUACCCCAAGCACUUCUGAUAUGUCUUUGCAAGAUCAGACCCUCAGUGCACGUUGCCAAUCUUCAGCGCUCAUCCGACCAACAGUCUUCACGCGCGGUGCCAGGCUCGAGAGUGGGGAUAUUCCGAUGGCAAAACACGUUUGGGAGAUGACGGAGAUGCUACCCAAUUCUCUUGUCCGCGGGAUCCUCGACGCGCCAGGAGUGCACAGUCUUCUUGCCGCACAACAGCAAGCAGAACAGACAGAAAUCCAAUCCACUCAAUCCGGCUCUAGGAAAGUCACUGCAACGGAGGUCGAACGAAUCGUAAGGAAGUCCGUGGACAAGCACGUUGACGAACGUCUCGAGCAAAAGAUCAAGGUCACUUUCAAGUCACUCGUCCGUGAGCGCGUCGAUCGUCUCAUCCAAGAUCAGUUGCCNCUAGCUGCUGACUCGGUGCUCCAUGGUGCUACUGAAGGCUAUCGCGACCAGUUCUACGGGGAUUGCAAGAUGAACGAAGCCAGCCUUCUCGAAAUGGUCGACGAGGGUCGCACACAGGUGCAAGACACAAUUAAUGAUUGUAUAGCAGAGAUGAACGAUACGAUACAGAACCAGAUCGGCGAACUCGAGUCUUGGAGUGGCGAGUUGAGCACGUCUAUCGGGGAGCAGCUUGCUCGUUUGGGUUACUGGUCAGACAAGUUUGCCAGAUCGAGUGCGAGCGAUAGAUAUGCGAAGAAGUCUAUGUCAAGGUGCAAGUCUAUAUAG